AUGAAAAGGAUAAGCAUUGUAUGGUGGGGACUUUUGGCUACUUUGGCUUCAGAAUAUCUAAGCAGUGGAAAAGCCAGUAAACAAUCAGAUAUGUUUAGCUUUGGAGUAGUAGCUUUGGAAAUCGCUUGUGGGAGAAGGACUUAUCAGGGUGGGGAUCUUCAAGUGCCACUGGCGAGUUGGGUUUGGCAACUCUUCCAAGUAGGAAAUAUUCUUGAUGCAGCUGAUAGUCGAUUGCAUACAAGCUUCGAUGUGAAUCAAAUGGAAUGCCUGAUGAUGAAGAUCACAAGAUCUGAUCCAUUGUACUCUCUCUCUCUAUCUAUGGUGCCACUGGAGGAGCAGGAGGCGCGUGAUCAGAAGCCUUGGGCAGCAGAGAAGGGCGUGAUCAGAAGCCUUGGGCAGCAGAGAAGGGCCUUUGCUGACCAAAUCUCCUUCAACAUUACUCGUUUCGAUGAAGGAACAGGCAACAUCAACUACAAGGGUGAUGCAAAACAAAUAGAUGGAGUUAUUGACCUAAAUCGAGUUGAUGCUUCGUACCGUGUUGGCGUAGGAAAUAUUCUUGAUGCAGCUGAUAGUCAAUUGAAUGCGAGCUUCGAUGUGAAUCAAAUGGAAUGCCUAAUGAUGGUGGGCUUGUGGUGCACACACCCAAUUGACAAGGCUAGGCCUUCUGCUGGAGAAGUUAUUCAGGCUCUUAAGUUUGGAGCACCAGUGCCAAAACUUCCUGAGAGGAUGAAUGAUCAAAUGUUUCAGUUUAGUUGA